UCCAGAGUAUUUUGCAAUGGCCAAAUCAGCUCUGCUUUGUUACUGGUAGAGUUGUAUCACAGAUUAGAAUACCCCAUAGAGAAUUCAGAAAACUGGAUACAGCGUUCACAAGAAGAAUUUCUUGGACCAACUCCUAAAUUUAGCAUUGGAAGAUGUAACUGACCCUGACAUAACUGGUGCUGCAUAACCGCUUUAAAACUGAAGUAAUGCCUGUUCCUAUGACAGGCUGAAGCCAUAUUCCUGUUUGGUUUGAUGGAAAUGUCAGAAGAUGAUACUAAUACGGAAGACUACCCCACUGAAAUUCAUGAUUAUCUUGCAGCAUUUGAAAAAUCUCUUGGUUCUGUAGAUGAGAUGCUGAAGACAAUGAUGUCAGUUUCCAGGAGUGAGCUUCUCCAAAAGUUAGAGCCUCUUGAGCAAGCAAAGCUGGAUUUGGUUUCGGUGUACACAUUAAAUUCAAUGUUCUGGGUAUACUUGGCUACUCAGGGAAUCAAUCCAAAGGAACAUCCCGUGAAACAAGAACUGGAGAGAAUAAGAACAUACAUGAACAAGGUCAAAGAAAUAGCAGACAAGAAAAAGGCUUCCAAACUUGAUAAAGGCGCUGCUUCUAGAUUUGUAAGAAACGCACUCUGGGAACCAAAUGCUGAAGAUGAACAUACCUCCAAAACUCCUGCUAAAGGAAAAAAGAGAAAGAUGGACUAACUUUUUGUUUCCCCUUAUAUAAAUCAGAGACUCCUAGAACUUACUUCAGAAUGUGUUUUGCAUACUGCAUGCACCUUGCAGAGGUGCUUAAUCUUGAUUAAGUUAUACUUAAGAAUUUUAUAGGAUUGUAUUUUGUCCAGAACACUUGUCACUGAGGUGAUUGAAUUGUAUGUGUAUCUAGAAGUCCCAUUUGGUGCGAGAAGUAACAUUUCAGUAUUCAAAUGAUAAUGACCUGACACACUCUUGCUGGUAACAGACACUAGUGAUGUUUUGCUCAUAAUGCCUAAGAAUUCCUUCUUUUUUUUACUGCUGAAUGAUUCUUUUUUAUACGUCCUUAAUCUUCUGAAUAUUAAAAAGUCUCAAAGAAUGCUA